AUGCACGUCUCGCUCCCGCGCUCCUCCGAGGCGGCACCGGCGACGGAAACGGACGAACCUGUCGUGUAUGCCCUGGAGCGUUCUUCCCCCUUGAUUCACACGCGCAUGUCUUAUUUGAGCCCCAAAACGCGUCCAGAUUCGCAGGAGAAGCACUAUGUUCCCAUGUCCGCACAUGUGUUUAAUGUGCCGCCGCACCAGCAUGCAAUGCACAUGGCGGUCGUGUACUAUCUCGACGCUAUGCGUAUGGGCACAGCGAGCACCAAGACACGCUCAGAAGUGGCGUUCUCGGGCCGCAAACUGCGCCCCCAAAAAGGGUCUGGCAAGGCUCGUCUUGGUGAUGCCGGUAGCCCCAUGCUCCGUAAGGGUGGCGUGGCGCAUGGUCCACGCCCCCGCGACUUUAAGACGGAGCUUCCACGCAAGGUGCGUGAGCUCGCUCUGCGCUCUGCGCUUAGCGCACGGAUGCGCGAGGGCCGGCUGCAUGUGGUGCCCAGCCUCGAGUGGCAGCCGGCGCCCAUGUCCACCAACAAGCUGGCUCGCCUGCUCGGCUCGAAGCAGUGGACCGAUACGCUAUUCCUCACUGCUCCGCGUCGCCCCUUGUCACCAGUGUCCACCGAGAGGGGCGCUGCGCGUGCGUCAUCUGUGGAUCUCGAGUACACAGACGAGCAGGUGCUGCGUCACGCGCGCUACGUGCGUAACUUCGACGUGGCAUCGCGCAACCUGCCUGACGUGGCACUAAUGCGUCUGCAUGCACUUGAACCUCACCCUCAGCCACGCCUCGAACACACGAAGCAGCCAGGCGAGCUGCAUGCGUACGAGGUACUGCAGUUCAGCCGCAUUGUGAUGGACCUGGGCGCCCUCGAGUGGCUUGAGGAAAAGUUGGGCGGUUCUCUCGUCCACGAAAUGUACAAGGAGGAGCUGCGCUUCUGGGAGGCCGAAUGCAAGCAGGAUGCUCUGCCCGAGGACGCGCCGGCGCCGUCCGAAGAGCCUGCCGCGCCGGCCCCUGCGCCGGCUCCGACGCCCUCGCCGUAG